AUGUCUGGAUUGUAUCUUAGAGAAAACGAGACCUUAGAGCUUGAAAUUGCCCUUCCAGAAACACAAGGAUUUUCUUGGAGAAGAAUCAAUCCUGGAAAUGGCUCUUUGGUGACUGAAUUCAUUUUGGUGGGGUUGACAGACCAGCCAGAUCUCCAAAUUUCCCUGUUUCUACUGUUUCUAAUAAUGUAUGUGAUCACUCUGAUAGGAAAUUUGGGCUUGGUAAUGCUAAUUGGGCUGACCUCACACCUUCACACCCCCAUGUACUUUUUUCUCUUUAACUUGUCCUUCAUAGACCUCUGUUAUUCUUCUGUGUUUAUACCCAAAAUGCUGAUGAACUUCAUAUCACAGAAAAAUAUUAUCUCCUACAAGGGAUGCAUGAUCCAGUUUUUCUUUUUCUGUUUCUUUGCCAUUUCUGAAUGUUAUGUGCUGACCUCAAUGGCCUAUGAUCGCUAUGUGGCUAUCUGUAACCCACUUCUGUAUCACCUUGCCAUGUCCCCUACAGUGUGCUUCAGCCUUAUGCUUGGUUCCUAUCUGAUGGCCUUCUCUGGGGCCAUGGCCCACACUGGAUGCAUGCUGAGACUGACCUUCUGUGAGGCAAACACCAUCAAUCACUACUUCUGUGACAUCCUCCCUCUGCUCCAGCUCUCCUGCACCAGCACCUACAUCAAUGAGCUGGUGGUUUUCAUUGUGGUGGGCAUCAACAUCAUUGUGCCCACUGUCACCAUCUUUAUCUCUUAUGGUUUCAUCCUCUCCAGCAUUCUUCAUAUCAGCUCCAAGGAGGGCAGGUCCAAAGCCUUCAGCACUUGUAGUUCCCACAUAAUUGCUGUUUCUGUGUUCUUUGGAUCAGGUGCAUUUAUGUAUCUCAACCCAUCUUCCGCUGGGUCUAUGGAUGAGAGAAAAAUCUCUUCUGUCUUUUAUACCAAUGUUGUUUCCAUGCUGAACCCCUUAAUCUAUAGCUUGAGGAACAAAGAUGUUAACUUUGCCCUCAGAAAAGCCAUAAGUAGGAGAAAAUGUUGAUCUGAAGCCAUAUCUCUCUGUGUAUUACUUACAGGGCAGGAAGUCUCUGUAUUUUAUUAUAAUAAUUUAAGAAGGGAUAUUUUUUACUUUUGCUUCUUAUCACGGUGAUGGUUAGUUGUGUAUCCUCUCAAUUUGCCUUCAGUGUUUUUAAUAAUAGGUUUUCUUCCUCCUCAUUAUAUGUGCAUUUUUCUCCUCUUUCAUCAUUUUUUCCUGCUUAAUAGUAAAGUUAAGGAAGUUUUUAUUUUA